AGAGAGAUUAUUGAAAGGGAAAGCAGAGAGAGAGAGAGAGAGAAAGAAACAGUGGUCACUACCAAGGUAAUUGUCUAGAAGCAUGGUGUGUGCGUAGGAUAAGCAGACCAGACCACCUACUGUGUGUGUGACUACUGUGUGUAGUCUUUUCUUCUGGGUUCUGUUCUCACUACUCAUGCUUGGAGGUUUAACCCAAAUUGGAUAGUGUAACGGCAAGAAAAAAAAAAGAGCUUUCCUUUUUGUGCUUUUUUAGACUUCAUCUUUCUUGAAAAAUGGCCACUGCGCACAGUAGCAGAAGCAGGAUACGGAUAGGGGUUAAGGGUGUUUUCUUCUUGUUUUUCUUCUUGGAUCUGGCCUUGCUAUCUUGCACCGCUAGACUACCAUCAGCUUCAAGGCAAAAACUUCAAGUUCAUAAACAUUUAAAACGCCUCAAUAAAAAACCCGUCAAAACCAUUCAGAGCCCAGAUGGGGAUAUGAUUGACUGUGUACACAUCUCUCACCAGCCAGCUUUUGACCAUCCAUUCCUUAAAGACCAUAAAAUCCAGAUGAGGCCAAACUAUCAUCCAGAAGGGCUAUAUGAUGAUAACAAGAUGAACACAGAGUCAAGCCAAAAAGAAAACACACUUCACCAGUUAUGGCAUGUGAAUGGCAUGUGCCCUGAAGAUACAAUACCUAUAAGGAGAACAAAAGAAGAUGAUGUUUUGAGAGCAAGUUCUGUUAAAAGAUAUGGCAAGAAGAAGCAUAGAAGCUUUCCUGCUCCUAGAAACAUCCCUGAAUCUGCAGAUCCUGAUAUUGACAAUGAAAGUGGUCAUCAGCAUGCCAUAGCUUAUGUGGAGGGAGACAAAUAUUAUGGAGCAAAAGCAACGAUGAACGUAUGGGAACCGAAAAUACAACAAUCGAAUGAGUUUAGCUUGUCACAAAUAUGGAUUUUAGGUGGCUCUUUCGGCCAAGAUCUUAACAGCAUUGAAGCAGGAUGGCAGGUCAGUCCAGAUCUUUAUGGUGAUAACAACACAAGACUGUUCACUUACUGGACUAGUGAUGCAUAUCAAGCUACUGGUUGCUACAAUCUAUUGUGCUCUGGUUUUAUACAAAUCAAUAGUAACAUUGCAAUGGGUGCAAGCAUAUCACCUGUUUCAGCAUUAAGGAAUUCACAGUAUGAUAUCAGUAUCCUUGUCUGGAAGGACCAAAAAGAAGGAAAUUGGUGGAUGCAAUUUGGGAAUGGGUAUGUGUUGGGAUACUGGCCAUCGUUCUUGUUCUCAUACUUGGCUGACAGUGCUUCGAUGAUUGAAUGGGGUGGUGAGGUCGUCAAUUCCGAGCCCGAUGGACACCACACGUCGACCCAAAUGGGCAGUGGUCGUUUCCCAGAAGAAGGGUUUGGUAAAGCAAGUUAUUUUAGAAACAUUCAAGUUGUUGAUAAAGAGAAUAACCUCAAAACCCCCAAAGAUCUUGGCACAUUCACCGAACAAUCCAAUUGUUACGAUGUCCAAACCGGAAGCAAUAGUGAUUGGGGUCACUACUUUUACUAUGGAGGCCCUGGGAAAAACCCAAAUUGCCCUUGACCCUUCUCGAAUAUGAUCUUCUUUUGUUAUAUAAUUUUUUUUUUCUUUUUCUCUUUUGUUGUAUCCAUCUUUUAGGGGGUCUCUAGUGAGAAGUUUUUUGGGGUUUUUUUUCUUUGUUUUUUUUUUGCUGGGUGGGGUGUGAUGUGAAAGUGGCAAAGUUUCUCAAAAGUGUGAAAGAAACAGCCUCUUGUAAGUUCUCAGUAAAUCUGUAUUUGUUGGAUUUGCUCUUCGGCAGUUUGUAAGUCAAAUGAAUGAAUUGGUGUUAGCUGUUAGUUAUA